CCACUGGCCACUUCCCUUUCUCGGCUUCCUCCAUUUUUGAUUUCCUUGUCUCUCCUUUUUUUGGUUCCAGAAAACAAAAAAAGACCCAAACUUUUAAAUAUUAUAGGUCGUCGUCCAACUGGUCAAACACAGACGCUACUUCCUCCCCUACUGAAUCUGAAGAAUUCCCAUUUCUGAUUUCUUUCUGGGCUUUUUCCUCCGCAUUCUUGGACGUUGUAGAAUGAGUCCCAUUCUCACGUCAACAUCAUCAUCAUCAUCUUCGUUCUUGUUGGUAUCGUGUAAAUGGUAAAAUGUCAUCGAGCAAUUUGAAAGGUUUCAUAUUGGCGGUGGUGUCCAGCGCCUUUAUCGGCUCCAGCUUCAUCAUCAAGAAGAAGGGCCUCCGCCGCGCCGGCAACAAUGGCACCCGUGCCAGUUCUGGAGGAUAUGGGUAUCUGCUAGAGCCUCUGUGGUGGAUAGGAAUGAUUACAAUGGUUGUUGGAGAGAUAUCAAAUUUUGUAGCAUACAUAUAUGCCCCCGCCGGGCUUGUGACGCCGCUUGGUGCAUUGAGUAUCAUUGUUAGUGCGGUGUUGGCACAUUUUAUAUUGAAGGAAAAACUCCAGAAAAUGGGAAUAUUGGGCUGCCUUUUGUGCAUUGUGGGUUCGGUGGUGAUUGUACUUCAUGCACCUGAAGAACAGACUCUCACUUCCGUACAAGAAAUCUGGGAUUUAGCAAUACAACCAGCUUUUCUUUUGUAUACAGCCUCAGUGAUAGCUGUAACGCUGGUCCUCAUCUUGUAUUGUUCUCCCCGCUAUGGCCAAACCAAUAUACUGAUUUAUAUAGGAAUUUGCUCAAUUAUUGGAUCAUUGACCGUCAUGAGCGUAAAAGCAAUUGGUAUAGCAAUAAAACUCACAAUAGAGGGUGCAAACCAGGCAAUAUACUUCCAAACGUGGAUCUUCGCAAUGGUUUGCGUUACAUGUAUCAUCACUCAAUUAAAUUAUCUAAACAUGGCAUUGGACACUUUCAACACCGCAAUUGUUUCUCCCAUCUAUUAUGCUAUGUUUACAUCUUUCACAAUACUUGCAAGCGGAAUAAUGUUUAAGGAUUAUUCUGGUCAAAGUGCGAGCAGCAUAGCCUCAGAACUUUGUGGAUUCAUCACUGUUUUAUCUGGGACUGCUAUAUUGCAUAGCACAAGAGAACCGGAUCCACCUUUACUUACAGAUCUGUAUACACCAUUAUCUCCUAAAGUAUCAUGGUACAUCCAAAGCAACGGAGAAUGGAAGCAGAAGGAUGAAGAGGGUUCAAACCCAAAUUUCAUCACAGUACUUCGGCAAGACUAUUUCAAGUAGCAGAAUAUGGCUUAAGCUAUUCACCCUUUAGUUACAUCUUAUGACUAGUGCGGGAAAGCUCCUCCCCAGUUUGAUGACAUUCUCCAGCCUCAGACCGGGGACAUGCGCUCGGGACUGUAAAAUCAGCCAUGCACGCAGAAUGAAAAGAAAACGAUUUUUUUGGAGUGAUUCUUUCCCAGAUUUCCAUUCAAAAUUUUGAGUGCAGUGUGUGCAAAGUUGUCAAAUAGGUCAUAGUUUUAGUCGGCUCCCUAUUCUCCAGACUCCACCAUCUCAUAGUUUUAAUGUAGACAAAGAUCGUUUACAGUGAGAUAGCAUGAUGUAAUUGCUUCAUGUAAUCUAAUUCAAUUGAUUUAUCAUUCCCAGUUUUCCUCUUGGGUUUAGGAUGUAGAGUAUUAGACAGGUAAAAGAACAUGG